AUGGAUGCCGGUGAAAGAUCGUCGACAGAUGCCUCCGGUCCACCUGAUUCGACUGGUCAAAUGCUCUCGUCUCGUUUAUGCCAACUACAUAACAUCCAAGAAGCACGAAUAGCUUUGAAAUAUCUAUUCAGACAAGCAUCGUCAUCUGAAGUUUCUAAGAUUAAUUUAGGAACUCAAAUAUGUGAAUUGGAAUCUCAACUGAAUGCAGAGAAACGAAAAUCUGAGGAGAAUUCAAAAUCUGAUGCAGAUUAA